AUGAGUCGAUCCAGAGAAGAAAUUGCAAGUAAGAUACGCGAAGGUACUCAACGGCGUGUUGAGGAACUUAUGCGUGUGCGACAACUUCAGCAAGAACGCCGCGAGGAACUAAAGGAAAGAGAAGCUGAGGCUGAUCCAUCCGACCCAUCUGGUUAUAUUCCAUUUAUUCUCAUUUCUCUUGUGUUCUUAAGUUUUCCAUUAUCUGAACCUGUAGUGGAUUGGGUUUUGGUUGGAUGUUUUGUCGUAUUAAACGGACUGUGGACAUUUUUCCUGCGUUCAUCAUCUUGGAUAAACUGGGCGAUGUUAAUCUUCACAAAUUUUACUGUGGUACGGAUCUCUCCAUUGAUUCCAGAAUUGCCAAAUAUAAUUAGUAAACUGCCACCAAAGGCUGUUGCCACUUAUGUUUGUGUGAAUAUUGCUGUCUGUAUUAUUGUAUACUAUGGGUAUGUGGAGAGACGGUUUCCAUGGACAAAGUCAGAAGUGACUCGAGGGAAGAAAUCAAAACAAAAUAAUGGCAGGAGUCGUGGAAAGGACGAAUCUUUAGAGGAGUUUGUACAGCGACGUGAUCGUAUGAGUCGUCUUGAUAUAGCGGCUUCAUGUGUGCUUCUUGGCAAUCUUUUCGCAAUGGUGGCGAUGGGUUUCGUUCCAUUGGAUGUGUUGCUGCAGUCAUUUCGUCAGAUUGUUUCCUUCCUUGGUUAA